CCCGGGCACAGUCAGCCUGAACUUCCAUCCACACGGACUCCUGGUGUUUCCUUUAAGAGCCCGCUCCCCUCGCCCUGUUUGGGGUCUGGAGGAUUAAAGAGCCGGCUGCGCAUGCGCGGACAGGAGGCGGCUGGAGCCUCCAUGUGUAAGAGGCGCAUUAUUUGGCAACGUGAGCAGAGGCCAGGACUACCGGGGAUCCGUGUGUGUAGGACCCGGCGUAAGAGGCCUCCUCCCGGCCUGGCCCAUCCCGCCCAGCCGGCUACACCAUCUUGCAGCUCUGUGAAAAGGAGCACUCAACAACGGCUCUGAAUUCUGGGAGCUGUGAUGUCACACAUAGGCACCCAUGGCCCAUCCAUUGUCGGUGUUCCCUCCUCUACCCUGCAGCAGCUGCUCACUGACACAGGAGCCGAACCUGCAGAGUCAUGUGAUGGGAGCGGCUUGGACAACAUGGCAGAUGAACCAUGCCGGACGACUCGUAGCCAGAAAAGGGCUUUGGAACGAGAGGUGACACAAAAUGACGUUGACCAUAAGAAAAUCAAACUGGAGAAAGGACCUGUAGAUGGGGAUCUUAUGAUAAAGACAGAGUCUGGCAAAGUUCCUGGACUGCUGAAAAGUGGGGAGGUGAAAGCAACUAUAAAAGUGGAGGUACCGACGGGAGAUGAACCAAUGGAUAUGAGCACCUCAAAAAGUGAGGUGAAGAGGGAAAAGAGGGUUCCUUCUCCUGACGAUGUUAUUGUGUUAUCUGAUAAUGAACCUUCCAGUCCACGGAUGAAUGGUCUGUCUAAAACAAAAGAGCCACAUUCUGAAACUUUUUUGCUUUUGCAGAAAAGCAGCCCUGAAGAAAGAGAACGGAUUAUCAAGCAGCUAAAAGAAGAAUUACGGUUAGAAGAAGCAAAACUGGUGCUACUUAAAAAACUCCGUCAGAGUCAAAUCCAGAAGGAGACUGCCCCACAGAAGGUGACAUCGCGCAUCUCUGGCACAGUCAUACCACCACCUCUGGUACGAGGUGGACAACAGACGGCCAAGCAAUCAAACCAGAUAGUUAUGCCACCUCUUGUUAGAGGAGCACAGCCCAUUUCUGUCUCUCCUCAGCAGAUGCACAACAUCAGGCAACAUCCAAGCACAGGCCCUCCUCCGCUACUGCUAGCUCCCCGCGCUUCAGUUCCUAGCGUGCAGAUGCAAGGUCAAAGAAUCAUCCAGCAGGGCUUGAUACGGGUGGCCAAUGUGGCAAACACGAACUUGCUGGUCAACAUACCACAGGCAUCCCAAAAUACUUUAAAGGGUUCAGCUGGAACAGCAGGAAGCGCUACCAGCCUCUCAUCCGCCAAUACAAACGACUCCCCUGCUAGUCGACAAGCAGCUGCCAAGCUUGCCUUACGGAAGCAGUUGGAGAAGACCUUGCUGGAGAUUCCCCCACCUAAACCCCCCACCCCAGAACUCAAUUUUCUACCAAGUGCAGCCAAUAAUGAGUUUAUUUAUCUGGUGGGACUUGAGGAAGUAGUGCAAAAUCUUUUGGAGUCGCAAGGUAAGACUGUUCCACAGCCCCCCUCUCAUGAGCCUUAUAGUUGUGCCCAAUGCAAGACUGACUUCACCAGCCGCUGGAGGCAGGAGAAGAAUGGGACCAUCAUGUGUGACGUGUGCAUGACCUCUAACCAAAAGAAGUCACUGAAAGCUGAGCAUACCAACCGACUGAAAGCUGCCUUUGUUAAAGCUCUGCAACAGGAGCAAGAGAUUGAACAAAGGAUACUGCAGCAGAGCUCUUCCCCUGCACAGAUCAAGACGGAGCAUUCUAUGCAGCAUCACACUCUGAAACAAAGCCCUACACCAAUAUCCCGUGGAUUGUCGGGGACCACACGAGGUGUCCUGCAUACGUUCCCAUCUUCGACCAAGCUGCCCAAUGCAGCCACCAUUGCCAACAGACUGAUUAAACCCGGAGAGCGUCCUCUGAACAAAACCAAUCUGGCACCUGGAAACUGGAAAAAGACCUCAAUGAAUGCAGGGCAAACUACUGGUCAGCGAGUCAUAGCGACACAACAAUCAAAGAAACAAUCAGUGGAGAUGCACAGGGGAGGAACGUUGGCCUUUGUUAACCCUGGCCUUGCUGUGCAUAAGUCUGCAGCUGUGGAUCGCCAACGGGAAUACCUCCUAGAUAUGAUUCCUUCCCGCUCUAUCACCCAGUCCUCUACGUGGAAAUAAUAAAUCCAUCCUCCAGGAGUGGGAAAAAUAAAGACGAACAUAAAUUUAGUGAACAUGAGACAAGAAAGGACUGUUUACCUAUACUGUCCUUUCCCUCCAUCCCACGCACAGAAGGAUGAACUUGUUUCAACGCCUUUCCUUUACAUUUUUACUACAGACAUUGAUAGCAACCUGCAAGUAAGGUGUUGGGUGUGCUUUGGUCUAGAAUGGGGAGUUCACAGGAAAAAGAAAAGCCACUUUUGUUUUUGUUAAUUUUUAGGCUGGCUGGCAAGUGUCGUGGAUUUUCAUAACCUCCAACAUGCUCCCAAUGUUUUUUUUGUUUUUUUUUUCAUAAAAAAAGAAAACUACUCUGUCUGACAUAAAAGAAGGCAUCCGAGUUCUCCACAAUGCAGUUGGAAGAUAACUGGAUUUUUUUUCCCCCCCUAUAAAUUUAAGGAGGCAUUUUUUUUUCUUCGCAUGGCUGAAUUGAUCAGGUUCACUUCUGAUUCUGGAGCAGAACAGGUCCAGUCAGACCAAAAGCAUUUGUUAAAUGCAUUAAAUAAAGUUCUAUUUAAAUAGCUCUAUGGAAAAAAAAUGUAUGCCUCAGAGUGUGUUGCUGUGGAUAGCCCAUUUGUAUGACAUUCAUUAUCUGAAGAAGGAUAUUUGAAUACAACUCUUUCUGCUCUAAUCCAGUUUGCUUCGUUUUCACUGGACUUAAGCUUGUGAAGGGUUAGAGGACAUUUUGUGGGGUUUAUUCAGGCCUCUGUUUUAGGUAAACUGCUGCAUUAUUCUAGAAUUGAUUUUCAGGCUGUUUCGAUGGCUGUCCUUUAUUCCUGUCUACUGACUUUGCAAAAAAAAAUAAAAAAAAUAGAAAAAAAAAAAGUUGCAACAAUAAAAUGGAAAGCUGAAUGGGACAGUCUUACGUUUUCCCUGUGUUCAGUUUCAAUGUAAUCAGGAAAUUACCCCAGUUUUUUGCUGGUAAACCAGGUUUAAUUUAAGGCCAUUGGAAGUGUCGGAUUGGCAAAAAAGUAGUUUGUCAAAUGCUAAAUCCUCUUCCCUUUAUAAUGUUUAUUUUAAUCCUCUUUCUGUUGUGUGGAUAUCUGUUUAGAUACUUUUUUGAUAUAUGCAGUUUAAGGACUUUAGUAAAAAAUUUUGUUUUUUGUUUUUUUGGGAGGGAAUGGAAACUUAUGUUUUUCCUUUUUAUUUGUAUAAAUGAUAAACCAUAGAAUUUAAACUUGACUUUUUGUGUGUAUGAUGGAUUAGUAUGAGAGACUGCUAUAUAUAUAUAUUUUUUUCAUUCCACAAUGUAGGACUGUUUUCAGGGCAACUUCUCAUUUUAUCAUGCUUCCCCCUCCCCUCCAUGUUUUGCCCCCACAUAAAAUCUAAGUAAAGAAUAAGACACUCUGGUGUAUUUGGGCAAACAAACCAACUCCUGGUUUUUUUUUAUAAAAAAAAAUGGUGGAGGGGAGGAGGGCACUUAUUUAAAUGCAAAUGCACAAACCUUGGAAAUAUUGCUUUUGUAAACCCGUUCACUUGUCCUUUAAAAUGUUUCAUGUUUAACUGUUGGAUAAAUGGCCUAAAAAGGGUAGAAUCUUUUACACCACUUAGAGAUCAUCUGUUGUCCAAGCUUUGACUCCUAAAUUUGAGGAGUACAAAUGGUUUAGCAAACAAUUUCUUGAAUCCGUCAAAUUAACUACCCCUCUUCUUUUGCAAUUUAUUUUUAUUAUAUAUAUAUAUAUAUAUUAAUUCUAACCAAAACUAUUUAAAUUUGGGUGUUGUGUAAUGAAGACUGUUAAUGUAUGAACGUAUACUUGCAAUUGCAGGCCCAUUAUGAAUUUUCAAGUCAGCAAGGUUUUCAGGUGAUUAAUUUUGCUGCCUGCCAACUGUCCCCGUUGGCAGUCAUGUGCCACCAGAAGAGGCAGCAGCUUUUGUGUACUUGAUGUUCACAUAGGGCUACAAAGUAUAACUUUACAUACAGGAAGCCUGCAUCACCCCCCACCCAAGAAAGGGAUAGUUUUGGAUGGAGGUUUUUUGGUUAAAAUAACACUGUUCUCCUAAUAUUAGGAGUGCAGGUUUUUUGACUUGUCGGAGAAGCAUAGUGUGUGUGUGCCUGCUAGAGUGUGGGAUUUGAGGAUGCCCCAUCACUGAUAGAACUAGCCGUUUCUAUUUAAUCACACUGGCCAGAGCCGAAUUUCUGAAUAAUAUUAAUAAAUAACUAAGCCAACUCA